AUGAAGAGUUCUGUCGACGGCAUAACACACGAGGUGGAUGAGACAACAGCGCAGAAGGGAAGUUUUAUUUGGAGACGACCAUGGGCCAAUGCUGCCCUUGAUAGAGCUUUCCUGUCCCUUGGUGUGGAGUUCCUCGACAGAUAUCCAUUCAAAUUCAGCAAAGAAAAGCUGGCCCAACUCAAGAGCCAGCCUUUGCUCUGCCUCCCGCGGGCAGAGCCACCGUUCGGCGUCAUUAACCACGGCGAUAUCGGUUUCAUACGCGGACACCAAGCCUCUGUAAACGGACAUUGUGCCGCUACAAGAGGCAGCACGACCAUCAACGUGGAUAUAUCCUCUUUACUAAAGUCUUCCGACUCAAAUGAGUCCCAAGGCUACGUUCAACAGCAGCACCUACGCGACCCGGUACCACCACCGCAUUCAAAUCCGUCGUUAACUGCUCAUGGGCAACCACCACCUCCGCCGCCACCAGUAGCAGUACCGGGAGCAGUACCUCCUCCACGACCUGUAGGCUCCCUAUCAGUGCCUGGAUCUCGACGUAGCAUGCCCCCUCAAAGUUCAGAUCAGCCCGUCAAGAAGCAGAGCAAGUGGUCACCUGAGGAAGAUGCCCUGAUCAUCGAGCUGAGAGGGAGUGGCAUGAAGUGGGAAGAUGUGUCGAAGCGUUUACCUGGGAGGAGUGCUAUAAGCUGUCGGCUUCACUACCAAAAUUACCUCGAGAGACGCAGCGAAUGGGACGAAGAGCGCAAAAACAAGCUGGCAAGGUUGUAUGAGAGAUUCAAGUCAGAGAUGUGGGCAAAAGUAGCAGAGGAGCUUGCUGUUCCAUGGAGGGCAGCAGAAGCAAUGCAUUGGCAGCUUGGAGAAGCAGAUAUGGCUCGAAGGGCUGGAGUGGUUCCCUUUUCCCUGGCGGCAGUCAAUGUUGAGAGCGGCCAUCGUAUCGCACCACCGCGAGCCAAUAUUCACUUCCAACCACCCGACACGGUAAGCCGACACAUGACGCCGCCAUCCCCGCGAGCGAUAUACGCACGAAAUCCUCCACCACCGCCGCCGCCAGUCUCAGCAAUGACUGUUGCUGGCCAAAUGCCACGAGGCGAAAAUGUCGGUGCGCCACCAGUGCCUCCUCCCCUGGCAGGGACCGGACCCAUACAUGGAUCUGUGACUGAACAGCACGGCGAGUUUUAUUACAGCCCCGGACCUGUUGGCCCUGGCCCUGGCCUUGCCCCAAUUCAACAUCAAGGACAGCCACGGAACCCUGGACCUUUACCCAGCCUUGCCGAACUUACAACUGGUGUCAGUCCCUAUGCACCGCAACUCGAGAGACCACAUUCUGGCCACAUGACUCCAGUUCCAAAGCACGGGAUGUCGAUCCAGACGCCUCCAGGUUAUCAGCAACACAUUGAUUCGACAAGAGUGAAGCGAAGGGCGAGUCCGGAAAUGAUGCAGCGAGAGGGAAGCCACCGACGGCGGUUAGGGUGA